AUGGUUUUCCCUGCUCCUUUUGGUCGUGAGUUGUCUAAGGAAGAGGCCUACAUUGCUGAAUUAGAUUCCAAGACUGGUGCUUCCCUUAAGUUAACAAUCCUUAACCCUAAGGGUACUAUCUGGACUCUUGUUGCUGGAGGCGGUGCUUCUGUUGUGUAUGCUGAUGCCAUUGCUUCUGCUGGUUUUGCCGACGAGUUGGCUAACUAUGGUGAAUACUCUGGUGCCCCUAACGAGGUUCAAACCUAUGAGUAUGCCAAGACUGUUCUUGACCUCAUGACCAGAGGUGAGCCUGUUGAGUCUGGUAAGGUUCUUUUCAUUGGUGGUGGUAUUGCCAAUUUCACCCAAGUUGGUUCCACUUUCAAGGGUAUCAUUCGUGCUUUCCGCGAUUAUAAGAAUGCUCUCCACAAUCACAAAGUCCGCAUUUAUAUCCGUCGUGGUGGUCCCAACUGGCAAGAGGGUCUUCGUCUUAUUAAGAAUGCUGGCGAGGAGCUUGAUUUGCCAAUGGAAAUCUUUGGUCCUGAUAUGCACGUCUCUGGUAUCGUUCCUUUGGCUCUUUUAGGUAAGAGACCUAAGAAUGUUCAACAAUUUGGUGCUGCCUCUUCCACUACCCCAUCAACUCCCUUGAACAUUUAA